CCCUAUAACCUCUUGCAGACGUAGGAAUCUGUGGCGACGUGGAAAUAUGGAGGCAUAAAGAGAAAUGAGAGAUUGCAAAAACAUAGUCUUUAAAUAAUAACAACAAUAAUCAGUAAACUGGAAGUACUGGAGAAGUGACAGUGCUUACACUGACAGCCCACGUAUCAAUUAAGGAAGUCAUUUUUGGAGGAAGGGAGAGUCGCCUUCGAAAGCAGCCCCUGCAUUCAUGAAAUGAAGGUGUGAAAGCACUUUCGCAUUGUGACUCGGAGAUGGGAGCCAAGGCCAGCCACGUGAGCGAACUGUCAGAAAACGAGAACCUGAGAAAGUUGAUAGGCACAGUGUCCAUAUCAGAAAAUGACCCUUUCUGGAAUCAGCUGAUCUCAUUUUCCUUCACAAGCCCCACAAACAGUGCAGACACAAAGCUUUUGGAGGAAACCACUGUCUCACUUUCUAAGGCCCUAAUUGAGAACAAUCCAAGGACAGGAAACUUCGGAGCCCUUGUGAGAAUUUUCCUUAGCAGAACCAAAGAGCUGAAAAUCUCAACAGAAUGCCAAGACCAGUUGUUUAUCUGGCAGGCCCACAAUGCCUUGUUCAUGAUCCGCUGUCUGCUGAAAGUGUUCAUCAGUCAGAUGUCAGAAGAGGAGCUGCAGUUACAGUUCAGUUACCAGGAGAGGGCCCCAGGGACAUGUGAUGCUGGCGAGGAAGAUCUCUUUGAGGAGAUGAUGUGUAACCUGGUCCAUCUCAUUAUUGAAGUACCCCUACUGGACAUCACAUAUAGUAUUCUGUUUGAGGCUGUGACAACUCUCCUCAUCCUGCUCUCCUACCAGCUAUUCCACAAGGAGAUUCUGCGAGAGAGUCUAAUUUACAAAUACCUUAUGCAAGGACGAUGUGUGCCCUUCACCAGUAGACUUGUAAAAACAUUGCUGUAUAACUUCAUUAGACAAGAGAAGUGUCCUCCCCCAGUCACCCAUGUCUUUGAGCAACAGGCAGAGGGGAGUGGAUUAUUCUAUGGACUUGCAUCAGGCGUUGCCAGUGGCUUGUGGACAGUCUUUACCUUAGGAGGAGCAGGAAGCAAACCGAAUCUUGAGGAAGAACGGCCCCUGCCGCUAUCCAAUCAGAGCCUGCUUCUGUUGCUUGGAUUAGCCAACCUUACAGAUGGGGCGGACACCCCUAACCCUUACAGACAAGCUGUCAUGUCUUUUAAAAACACACAAGAUAGCUCUGCCCCCCCAUCUUCCCAUCCUCAUACUUUCCAGAUCAACUUUAACAGUCUUUAUACAGCUUUGUGCGAGCAGCAGAAGUCAGACCAAGCCACUUUACUCCUGUACACUUUGCUGCAUCAAAAUACCAAUUUCAGAACCUACAUGCUUGCUCGAACAGACAUGGAUAAUCUAGUGAUGCCAAUCCUUGAGAUUCUCUAUCACGUGGAGGACAGGAAUUCACACCACGUUUACAUGGCACUUAUCAUUUUGUUAAUUCUUACUGAGGACGACGCCUUCAAUCGAUCAAUUCAUGAAGUGAUAUUAAAAAACAUUACCUGGUACACUGAGCGUGCUCUGACUGAAAUUUCCCUUGGGAGUCUGCUAAUACUGGUGGUGAUUCGGACCAUUCAGUUCAACAUGACAAGAACAAGGGACAAAUACCUUCACACAAACUGUCUGGCAGCUUUAGCUAAUAUGUCGUCUCAGUUCCGUUCUCUUCAUCAGUAUGCGGCCCAAAGAAUUAUCAGUUAUACCUGCCGCCACAUGCGGAGAUACUUGUAUGUCUUGGACCAUAUGUAUUUCCCCCGCUCCCAUUGCACUGCGCUGCAGCAGUACUUCACGUACCUGGGUGACACGGGAGAGGAAGUCUUGCACUUUACUUGUUCUUACAUUCUCAAGUCCUAUGCUUCCAGCCUGUUUGCUUUGUUGUCUAAAAAACACAACAAAGUCCUGGAGCAAGCCACUCAGUCACUGAGGGGCCCCUUUGGUUCUGACGACAACGCUUCGCUUCCCGAUUAUGCUCAGGAUCUGAAUGUGAUAGAGGAGGUGAUCCGAAUGAUGCUGGAGAUUAUAAACUCUUGCUUAGCCAAUUCCUUGCAUCACAACCCCAACCUGGUGUAUGCCUUGCUCUAUAAACGAGAGCUUUUUGAGCAAUUUAGAUCCCAUCCCUCCUUCCAGGACAUCAUGCAGAAUCUGGACAUGGUUAUUGGCUUCUUCAGCUCCCGACUUGAGCAGGCUGGAUCUGAUCUGUCAGUGGAACGUGUUCAGGAAGUCAUUAAGCAAGGCGCUGCAGCUCUACCCAAAGACCGACUGAAAAAGUUUCCAGAGCUGAAAUUCAAGUAUGUGGAAGAAGACCAGCCGGAAGAGUUCUUUAUCCCCUAUGUGUGGUCUCUGGUCUACAACUCUGCAGUGGGACUGUACUGGAGCCCCCAGGAUAUAGAGCUCUUUACCAUGGACUCGGGCUGAGCACCCCUCUGUGACACUGUGUGUGUAUGUGUGAGUGUGAGUGUGAUAUCCUCUCCCAGGAACAGCUGCAUGAUGGCAUGACUUUGUGAAUACUAGUGCUUUUGAGAGAACUGUUUGAAUAUGGGCUUAAUCUAUUUUACAUACUUAAAAAAAAAAAAAAAAAAAAAAAAAAAAAAGUAAAAACUUGAAACAACAGAUACGAUGCUUAGCAUUUAGACCUAAAUCUCCAGGCUGGCGCAGAGCAAGGAAUCAACAUGUCGGUCAGUGGUCUAAACAGAACAGCAGUAAAAAAAAAACAAAGGCAAACAGGAAACUGGACCGUCGGCGCUUAAGUCUUUAAUUGCAGACUAAACAAACAGUCAUCCAGAGCACCGGGUGCUGUUGAUUUCCCGCUCAAAUACUGGUCUGGUGAUCCAACGAUUAGCAUUCACUGUACAGGGCCAUGUCGUAAGCACAGUUCAAUGAGGACAGUGGAGUGAGAUGAAUCAAACUCAGCAGGCACCAGUCUCUCUGACUGCUGAAUGUUGCUUGUUCUUGAUUUUACUCUAAGGUCAACCUGCAUCACUCAGACUGUUAAGACAGUAGGCCCUAUUCACACAACACUUAUAACUUAAAGAGUGUUUUAUGUGUUUAAGUAUCCAUAACAUUAUAUACUUGGCAUAAAGUCUAAAAUAAAAAACAAGGAAGUUUUAAGAAAAUAAGAGCACUUGUUACUGUUAUUUGGGGUAGUGUUUUGAAAUAAAGAAUAUCCAUUUGCAACCAGUAAAGUAUACUGUGCAAUACAAAAUGCAUCCCAUAAGCACCUGUCACAAGAAGAUAAACUUCCAUAGAAAACCGGACAUUUCUUGUAUGUCAGACCUUAUUUAAUUAAGACAAUAAUUAACAAUAACAAAAAACAGUAUAUAAAUAAAGCUUUAGUUAUUUUUUGUGAAUUUUGGCAAUUACCUUUACUUAGUGUAGAUUUUUUUUUUUUAAAAAAAGGUUUUAAGCUUUAUGCCGACAGUUCAGUUUCAUUGCAAGUCCUGUGCAUUCUAGAAUAGGCAAGACAGUUGGCCCUUAAGCUCAUUUUUGCAUUACAGUGCUACAACAAGCAAAAUUUUAAAAAGUAAAAGAUAAAGGUUUGUGGUACAAGUCAUGCAUGCACACAUGCCUCUGUUCACAGUGAAGGAGUCUUUUCAGUCUGUAAAGACAAUAUAGCAUUUCACCUCAUGCAAAGCAUGUCCUAAGGGUGCUGUUUGUUGUAAAGAAGAAAAAAAAAUGUUGCUGGAAUAUAAUUUUGCAUGAGAUACAGAGUUCAUAUGACAUUAUAGCCAUUCAGUUUUCCAUAUUCAAGUAGAAAAUACAAGAAACCCAUAAAAUCUUUUUAGCAUAUUCGGUAUGUUUUUUAAAUAAAAAAACAAACACAAAACUCCUAUAUUCAAAUAACAGUUUACACAUUGUUAUGAAUGGAUUCAGAAGGAAUUGGGCGCCAUUCUCUUUCAUCUUCUAAAAGAGCAUGCAUUGUUUGAUGGUUGGGGACGGCUUUUAUGAAGACUUAAGUCACAUUUGUUACUUGGACUUUUUGUGUUGGAUUAAUAUCAGUUUAUUAGACAGGCCAAAUGCAGUUCUGCCUGCACUGCAUCAUUAUGCUUUCAUGUUUUAAUAAAUGUAUCAACUGUCUGAUACCUUCUGUUAAAAACUAUCUGAGGUACAGACAUUCAUAUUGGUUUUAGAAACACAAAAUGAGCUUAGAGCCCUUUAUCUCUGACGUCAUGCAGCUGACUAAUUACAGUUAGCCCAUGUACAGAGAUUAGGUCAUUAUAAACCCAAUGCAUUGAGUUAUUGGCUUCAAAUUUGGUGCAGAGUUGUACUGUAAAGUAAUCUUGGUCAAGUUUGGUACCCAGUGUAAUGGUACUUUGUUUGCCAUGUCAUGAUAUAUAUAUUUUUUUUUAAUGGGCAUUUGUUACAAGUUAUUCCAUGGCAUACAUGUGACAGUACAGACAUGACAUAUAUACAGUACAAAAGGACAUCAUUCACGUAAAAAAUAGUUUAUUUAAGUUAGGAAUGGGUACACCUUUCUAACCUAAUCACAGGGUCGCAGUUAAGAGCCUGUUGGAUUAACUUGAUUGGUCUGAAAACUAUACAGAUCUCCAACCUUCGUGCAUGUGAAUGGUUUAGUCUAUAGGCACUGACAUUUUUUUCAUUGUUCUAUGUACAACUGUUUGUUUAAAAUAUUUGGUUUCAAAGGGUUUUCUAUUUGUAAUAUUGGAUUAUUUGGGUCUGGUCUCUGAGAUGAGCAUAGGAAACAAUGGGAUUAUUAUUCAAUUAUGUUUCAUAAUAACACUGAGGAAAAACAAAAGUAUUCUUAAGGCUUCCAGUAACUGUAUAAAAAUCACUGAGAUUAUCUGUGUGUUUGCUGCAAACAUGUAAAGCACAGGCGGGAGCCAUGGUAUAGAUAUUAAAGGAAUUUUGUGUUUUGGGGGAAUUAAAUUACUUUUGUUUGGCUAGUCCUAGGACAAAAUUGUAAUUAUGGCACCAACAACAACUGUGAUAAAUAUGAUGGUAUACGUUAUUAGUUUGUGUUAUUUGGCACUUUUUAGUAGCAGCUAUAACAAUACCAUAAUUUAAUUUAAUCCUAGGGACCGACAAUAUGAAUGUACUUUAGUCCGGUGACAAUCGAGUAUUUGAACUAUAAUUUCAGCACACAUUAUGACUAAUGCAUGCUAACAUCUCCACAACAAAGUCUGUGCUGGAAUACAGAUAUUGAAAGCCAGCCUCAAACACAUUAAUCCCCAUCGCUUCUCGCCACACCCAUUGAAACCAUUUGCUUUUCUUUAUUCUUUAUUGGCAGAUAUAGUGACUGUCCCAUGUAUGCCAAAUGUUCCCCCUAUUUGAAUAAACCCCUGAGCAGCUUCAUUGCACCCAAAGAAUGGGUUUGCACUUGCCUGGGUUUAUCUGCCAGUCUGCAAAAUUAUUGUUUUUGUUAUAUGAAAAUAAGUGAAUGCAUUUUUUGUUGUUUUUCUUUUUCUAUUUAUUUUAAAUAUAGUGGUACAGUAAUUUUUUGCUUUAGUAGAUUUGUAAAUGCACAUUUGAAAGGUAGAUAUAGGCUUGGGGUGGGGCUAAAUGCAUAAAAACAUUUAAAAAAUAUAUAUAAAGUUUUGAGCAUUGACAUGCAUAAUAAAGAUGUGUUACAUUCUGCA